CCCCUCCCUGCGAGCCGCGGCUCCUCCCUGCACCACCUUCGGCCUAGCCGCGGGCAGGGGCGCGCACACGGCCGCAGCUCCCUGGCGGCACCGGUGGCUGCAUCUGCGCGUCAAGCAUCAGUAGCACAGGCGCGUUCUCUUCCUCCUCCUCCUUCUUCUCCUCCCUGCCUCUUGUCGCUGCCCCCGCGGCCAUGGAGCUGCCCGAGAGCCAGUGCAAGAAAGUCAAGCUGAGCAACAGGGUGCCGAGCUGGGGAAUGCAGAGGGCAACCAAUGUUACCUACCAAGCUCAUCAUGUCAGCAGGAAUAAGAGAGGCCAAGUGGUAGGAACAAGAAGUGGUUUUCGUGGAUGCACUGUCUGGUUAACAGGUCUAUCUGGUGCUGGGAAGACUACAGUGAGCAUGGCACUGGAGGAGUAUUUAGUAUGUCAUGGUAUUCCAUGCUACACAUUGGAUGGUGACAAUAUUCGUCAAGGCCUUAAUAAGAAUCUGGGUUUCACACCAGAAGAUAGAGAAGAAAAUGUCCGUCGUAUUGCUGAGGUUGCUAAACUGUUUGCAGAUGCUGGUUUGGUGUGCAUUACUAGUUUCAUCUCUCCUUAUACUCAGGAUCGUAAUAAUGCCAGACGAAUUCAUGAAGGGGCAAGUUUGCCUUUUUUUGAAGUAUUUGUGGAUGCUCCAUUGCAUGUCUGUGAGCAGAGAGAUGUUAAAGGACUCUAUAAGAAAGCCAGGGCUGGAGAAAUUAAAGGUUUUACUGGGAUUGACUCUGAGUAUGAAAAACCGGAAGCCCCAGAGCUUGUGCUAAAAACUGAUUCCUGUGAUGUGAAUGAUUGUAUACAACAAGUUGUGGAACUUCUUCAAGAGAGGGACAUUGUACCAGUGGAUGCUUCUUAUGAGGUGAAAGAGCUUUAUGUGCCAGAAAACAAGCUACAGUUGGCCAAAACUGAUGCUGAGUCUCUGUUAACCUUGGAAAUAAAUAAGGUGGAUAUGCAGUGGGUGCAAGUGCUAGCAGAAGGUUGGGCAACACCCUUGAAUGGCUUUAUGAGAGAGAGAGAAUACCUACAGUGCCUUCACUUUGACUGUCUCCUUGAUGGGGGAGUUAUUAAUCUGUCAGUUCCUAUAGUGCUAACGGCUACUCAAGAAGACAAAGACAGACUGGAUGGGUGUACAGCAAUUGCACUGGUGUUUGAAGGUCGCCGUGUGGCCAUUCUCCGUAAUCCCGAAUUCUAUGAGCACAGGAAAGAGGAACGCUGUGCUAGGCAAUGGGGAACAACAUGCAAGGAACAUCCCUAUAUCAAGAUGGUCAUGGAGCAAGGGAACUGGCUUGUAGGUGGAGAUCUACAGGUCCUUGAUCGUAUUUAUUGGAAUGAUGGACUUGAUCAAUACCGUCUCACUCCAGCUGAACUACGGCAAAAAUUCAAGGAAAUGAAUGCCGAUGCUGUCUUUGCAUUCCAGUUACGCAACCCGGUGCACAAUGGGCAUGCUCUUUUAAUGCAAGAUACUCAUAAGCAGCUUUUGGAACGUGGCUACCGGCGCCCAGUUUUACUCUUGCAUCCACUUGGAGGCUGGACAAAAGAGGAUGAUGUUCCUCUCAUGUGGCGCAUGAAGCAACAUGCUGCAGUACUGGAGGAAGGGAUCUUGAAUCCAGAAACUACAGUGGUGGCUAUAUUCCCUUCCCCUAUGAUGUAUGCUGGACCAACUGAGGUUCAGUGGCACUGUAGAUCACGGAUGGUUGCAGGAGCUAACUUCUACAUUGUAGGGCGAGAUCCAGCAGGGAUGCCACACCCUGACACUGGGAAAGAUCUGUAUGAACCAACCCAUGGGGCCAAAGUGUUGACAAUGGCUCCAGGCCUCCGAGCACUGGAAAUUGUACCCUUCAGAGUUGCAGCUUAUAAUAAGAAAAAGAAGUGCAUGGAUUAUUAUGACUCUGAUCACCAUGAAGACUUUGAAUUUAUAUCGGGGACCCGCAUGCGCAAGCUGGCUCGAGAAGGACAAAACCCACCGGAAGGCUUCAUGGCUCCUAAGGCUUGGACUGUGCUGACAGAAUACUACAAAUCCUUGGAGAAGGCUUAGGCCUCUUAUUAACUGCAGAUCAACCUUUGACGCCUGAUUUAUUUACGAGAAGGGGACCACACAGUCACCGUUCAUGUUGCUUUGUUGUGGUGUCUGUCAGGAAGUUCUUCUCUGAAAACAGACUCUUUCUCCCUAACUUAGCAUCAUUCUUUGCCUGUCCUUAUGGGUUCUAUUAUGUCCUGGCACCUAACUAGCUGCUGGGUUUAAUGUCUUCUCUUUUAUUACAGUUAAUAUUCUUGCAGUAGGAUUUUUAACUCUUGUCUUUUUUUAUAUUUUAUUGCCUCUGUCCUAUGAGUUCUGCAGCUGUUAAAUAGAUGCAGCUUUUUUCAUAUGUUAUUUAAACUGCUGGGUAGUGUCUGGUUUUAGUAGUUUGUAGGAGAAAAUGUAAUGGUUUAGACCCUUAACUAUGGAUAGAUUAUCUAUAAAUCAAAAACAUAAAUAAGCUUCAAAACAUCCAUAAAAGUGUCCUCAUCUUUAUCUUAUCAUCAUCUCCAAAAGCACUUAACGUUAAUUUCUCACUAUAUGUAAUCAAAAAGCAGAGUUUUUUAUGUAGCAUAACUAACCUUUUUUGCUUUCUUUGUUUAGUUUUGGAGUCCGUUGAGUUGUCUGGUGAUUCUCUUCUGCUGUGGACCUGUAAAGAUGGCCAAGUAAUGAAUAAAAGAAAAUAUCUAGUUUUCGUUUCAUAACUACUCCAUAUUUUUUUUAUAUAUGUUUGUUGCCAUAGGCGUCAGUAGGGAAUGGUUUAUUUUAUUUGAUGUAACUUGCCAGGUUUUGAUUCCAGAUAUACUUGUUCAGUCUACUACAACUUGAAAAAAAGCUAAUGGCAGACCAACCUUGAAUUCAUGUUUAAUUAUUGCUAGAAAAAUAAAAAAAAAAAAUCCUUAAGUCUUGUAAUUUCCUGUGGUACAAAUGCUGAGUCCUGAGGUUAAUUUUCUGGCUGUUUUUCAAGGUCUCCAAAGAGUAAUCUCCUUCUCUUGGUUCAGCUUUGUUUGCUUGAAGAACAAAGCAUAUGUUCUUCUAGGAUUCUUCAAAAAUCCCGAAGUUGUCUAAUUCAGUAUGUGAAACAUUAACUGCCAAAGGAAAACAAAAAAAUCUUUAAGUGUAAGGUAACACUGACCUAUUGGGAUCUUUUCAGUCGUUUGCAGGUAAUCAGUGAACAGUCGUAACCUUUAUCAGCUACAAACUGUCUCGUAUCCUUCUCGCGAAAACUUACUUUUCUGUUUUGUAUAUAGGAGGAAUGAGCUCAACAUUGUUUUCGGAAUGUUGAUACUGGCCUGCUACUAAGCCUGGAUGAAUCAUAUGUUCAUCUAGAUUUUUUUGGACAGGAGGAAGGUUGUGAUGAGGGGAACUGUGUAUGGGACGAAUGCUACUUGUAAUCUUAGUUUAAUUGUUCACAGUAGAAUUUAAGACAAAUGCUUUCUCCCUCUGUCUUUGGAAGAAAUGUAGAAAGUACCUUGUAAUGGGAUUCUUACCUCUGACUGAUAGAAAGUAAGGCAGAAUUAGGAAGAGACAAGGGGCAUGUUUAUUAGCGAACCACAACAAUUACUUGAGACUGUGUUUUGGUAGUGUAAAGAUUAUUUCUUCAGAAUUACUGAACAGAUUUUCUUUAAACUUGGCUUUCUUUUUAGAUUGUAUCAAUAUGUAGGACAUGCAAAAUCCAGAAGAAAGAGUCAGUUCAUCUGUGUGCAGCUGUUCAUGCAAAACUUCAAGUUUAACUAUGGAGGUGAACAAGAGUUAUCAGCUGCUAAAACGGGAUUUGCUGUUGGAAGUUGGAGUUUGGACUCUUUGCUGUCAGGUUUGAUUCUUCUGCUAGGUAUGAUGAAAGAUAAUAAAAAUAUUUUGGCAGAAUAGCAAACACAGGUGAAAGUCUACAGAAGUUAAUGUUUUAAAAAUGUUACAUGUGCUAUAUGAAGUCCAGAAAAUAAGUAGUAGUGAUGAGCAUGAAUGUGAAUCAUCCUGUAAAGUUAAUUUAGAAGCAGGAGUGCCUUCAAGCAAAUUAAUACGGUGAUAACAAGCAGAUCUAGUUUUCAUACUUAGCUGGUUUGAUGCUGAGGCCCUUUGCUUAGAGAGCUCCUGGAAAGCAUUCCUUGCAAGUCUCUGUAUUAAAGAAGCUUUCAGGUUUAUUCUAACUUUAAGCCAACAGCCAAGGCAUUCACGGCAUAAUGCUGAUUAAGAACAGGAGCAUCUGGUUGAUUUGUGGGCAAGGACUAGCUCUAUACAGUAUUUUCCUGUAUCAUGUGAGUUUUCACUGUAGAGUUCAAAUUUCUCCUCUUGUCUGCAGCUGCCUUAUUUAAGGAAGCUAUACCCCAGAAAUUAUUCUUUUGUCAGUGUUUCUCUUUCUUUAGCUUUUCUCUAUCUUAUCUUAGUGGGUAGCAUUGCCAGUUGUCCAGUCCUAACAUGCUGUUUUUAACAGUAGAUUCAACUUCAUUAAGGGUGCUAUGGCAUUUGAGGCUCUUCUGAGACAACAGUUGGGUGUCUUCCAGGACUAAUGGGUAAUGGGGGCAACAGGACUAAUGAGGUAAUGCUGUUUGCACCCAACACCUGUCUUUCCACACCUGCUCUAUCACCAAAGAGCAAUGACCUCAGAAACACACCAUAUAGAAGUAAUAAUACUCUUGAGCCAUGUGAUGGAUAUGAGGACAAGCAGGAACUAGCUUUCCAGCUGGGAAAAUAAAAAGCUCCAUUGCCUCAUUUCUUCAGUUCCUAAACCAACUAUUUUUUACUAGAAAAAUAGUGAUAUGUACAUGAAUCAUGAAUCUAAGCAGUUAUAUAGGUGUGUUGUUUUGAAGAACUGCAAAAUCAAACUUCCAAGUAUGCCCUUUUUCUAAAGGUCAUUUUGCUUUAACAAUCAAGAGGAGUUUUACUCUGUUCAUUAAGAUGAAAAAUGUCAAAAAGUGUUCCCUUUGUCUCCUACCUUCUGUCUCUACAUUGAUUUACCUUAUAAAUGGUUCUUUACCUGCUACUCUUGCACAGAAUAAUUUAUGGCUAUUAUCCUGUGCUUUUUGUACAGUCUCAGCAUGAUUACUUCUAGUUGAUCAUUCUGAUGUACUGGAUGUGUGAUGUAUGAAAGUAGUAACACCGUCGAUCUGUUUAGCUGAUACAAGGACAAUCUGGACCCAGCUUUCCAAAAUACAAGGAUUAAUGAGGUAGAUGGAGAUUACCAACCCCUAAUCCUCAAGGUUAAAUCAAUGGUACGAAAUUAUUACCUCUCCUAGGUGAAAUUAUUAAUUCCAGAUGAAUUUGAUUCCUACAGUACCUAUAAGCAACUUGAAAAAUGCAAGUUUUUUGUGGAGAACCUCACGACUGAGAAUUCUGUUCUCCUGUGUGAGCUCCCAUAUGCCUGUUUUUGACUAACGUGAAUAUUUUGGGUAACUUUUCAAGAAAGGUUCUACAGGUUGUGAUGGGAAAAAUAGUAGAUGAAUACUGAGGAUGCUGACUUCUGUCUGAUUUUUUUCCUUUCAAUAGGGGAUCUGAGCACAAACAACUCAGUAAUGCAUCAGAGAUGCAAAAUUGAAAAUGUAGACUAGGUCACAUUUUUUUAUUUUUAUUUUUUGGAUGCAGUUUGGAGCUAACUAAGCUUCUGCAUCUGGAAUAAUUCCAUAGAGGAGGGGGAGGAAAUCAGUGGAUGUCUUGGCGUGGUGGUGGGAAUACAACAGGUCUACCAUGAGCUGUGUAGCCAAUACUGUAACUGGCUUGAGUUUGGACCUCCCUUGCAUUUCAUAUUUCCUUAAUUUCAAAAAGUUCCACAGGUGGGUCACACAGAGGGUUAAACUUACUGUCUUCCCAUGCUACAAAAAGAAUAAAAGUUACUUUGAGCAUCCUGACCAAAUACUAACAGUACUCCAUAUCCUUUUCCCUUCCUGAUGGAUUAAAGGUGCUAAUCAAUGUGUUUCUCCCUUUCCCUGUAAAUGCUGACAGCUUCAAAAAUAAGUUUGUGUGUGUGUCACUUUCAGUAUUUACACCCGUGGCAUCCCUUCUAUUUCUGUUCAUGAAUCUUUAAACUUUUGUGCUAGGCACUGUAGGAACACAGAAAAAAAUCUCUCAUCUCUGCUCACCUGUGAGUCAGAAGAUAAGUUUACUGCAUCUAUGGCACCGUCUUCAAAGUCAGGGAAAGGGAAGACUAUUCCUUCACUUAAUAUAUGUGAAUCUACAGGAAAAAAUAAGAUGUAAACUGAAUCUUCAUUUAACUUUACAUGCAUGUCUACUACUAUAGGCACGGGGUUUACUGUGGUGGUUGAAUACUAGUAAGAGUUGUGUAGGAAUGGUAUUCUGUUCCUCAAACCUGGCACAGAAUCCUUCACCACCACCUGUAAAAUAAUAGGGACUUCAGCCUGGAGUGAGUUGGCUGAAUUAAAUUGUGGGAUGAAAGCAACUGAUAGCUCAGAAUUAGUAUUUUGUGGUACUUUAUAAAUUGGUCUCAGAAACUUGCUUACCAGAACUCCUGAUUUAGAUGCUGUCUAAGAGGAGAGCGACACUAAUUCCGUUUUUUUUCAUGUUUAGAGUUUUUUACAAGAUGGAGCUGAGAAGCUAGAUUGCCAAGGGUAAAUUUAAAGCCUUCAGUGGCCAACUUGUUUGAUAUGAGAGUUCCUUGCCAGCAGCCAAACAGGUGUUGGAAAAAUAUGUGAUUUAAAGGAAGACUGUGCUGAGGUUUCUGCUCGGUUGUGGUGUUUUACCUUGAAGAAAGCCUGAGGGCUGGAAUAGAAGGGCCUCUUUUAAGUUUGCUUUCUCAUUUCACAAAAAGCUUUUUGAUUAUGAAUAUAGCUGGAUUUUUACUAGGCUUUUGAAGUGUCCAUUGAAGGGGUUUUUUUGUGUCUCCUGCAAACUCUAUGUCUGCUUUUGUGGUAUUAGGAUUUUUUUUUUUACCUGUAUCCCUUUUCAUUAUUUAGUCUUUAUUAAAAUCACUUUUUUCUUCUUUAUGGGAGGGUAUAUACGUGCACGAGCCAGAAUCAUGCCUUCAACAUUUCCAGAGCUGUUUGCCCUAGAAACCUCAUCUUGAUAUCAUUUUGAAGUUGAGUGGGGAAGGCAACUUCACUGAAAGCUAGAAAACACUGCUUUAAAGCCACAUCUGGAAUUCUUAGACAGUAAAUGGCUCCAACUUAAAACAGAAAAUGCAGAUAUUUUAUAUGCUAUAAAACUCUAGGAGCCUUGGAUUCAGUAUAAGGACUGUCACCCGACCUUCAUGUUAAAAUCCCUGUACAUAAUGCUUUGAAGUAUGAUUGCAGUCAGAAUGCUACCUGUCUAUGUAUAAAAGGAGGAAAAAAAUAAUAUCAGUUUCAGUAUAAACUUCAGUGGGGUGGGAGUAGUGCCCAAAUCUUCCUUUUAUCCUCUGCAAACAAAGCUGUUUUCUCUGCGGAGUCCUACACUCAUCACUCUAAAUUGCACUGUAUGAGAAUAACACAAACAUUUUGGCCACAUCCACUUAUUUUCAUCUCGUAACAGCAGUUAUGAUUGCAAGUAAAAGAUUUUUAGGUUUUGCUGAGUACCUGCAGAUUUCCAGGUUUUCUACCCAGAUGACCUGUGCCUGAAUUUUUGUGGUCUAAAUCAGUUAUUUCUGUAAUGAUUGAUAGUAAAGUUUGUUGCAAUAAUUGUGAUAAGACAGAUGAGAGAUACCAGUAUCCAUGUGUUAAUAUUGCCCGAACAUCAUUGGUGCAUUUUAUAUAUUACGAAACAUGACAUUUUGUUCAGGAGGACACUCCUGAACAUGGAAACAUUUCUCUGAUUUCAGGAGUGCUCCUCAGGGAAAGAGAAAACGUUUAGGUUUUUGUACUUAAUUUGAUUUCAUCAACAGCUUUCUCAAAGGCUUAAGUGGAAGUAGGAAGGACUCCUUAACCCUUAAACAUUGGGUUCAGAUGGGUUGCCCACUGUAGAAUGGAAAACUGAAAUAGUCCACAGAAAGUUGUUUGCAGGAUUGGUCACGUGUCACUGAGUUUUGCCUUGCUUGUAGUUCAUCUACCACCUGUGAAAACCAAUAUUUUGAUCAUUUGAUUCAAUUAUUUCCAGAUAAUGAAGACAAUCAUGAGACAACAUCAUGUUCAAGCAUAACUUUCCACUAGGAAAAGUUUAGCACUAUUAUAGUUUAUAUUUAAACUAGGAUACAGUCUGAAAGAUAGUGUUACAUGAGGAAAAAUUUCCUAUCGUACUAUGUGACAGCAGAGCAAUAAACAUGUCAUCAGAGUCAACAUCAGAAGUACAGUGCAAAAUACUAAGUAUUAUUGACACUUCUUCAUUAGAGACAGUUAUUUAUAACUCCUUUGUUCAUUAUUUCUUCAAGGAAAAAUACUGCUUCUUUCUGAAAACUGAAAAUCUGUUUGCCUUACUUGGUAGUUAGAGACACUCAGAAUGGCAAUGAUUCUUCAUAGUUUUUACUGUUUUGCUGUGCGUAUUUUUAAAUACAUGCAUGCUUCUGAGUUCCACAAUGAAAUGGCUUUGCAAAGAACAUUAAAGUUUCAAAGUUUUUCUUUGUAAACAUUCUUGGCUAUUUUACUUACAGCAGUUUGGUCAUUUUUCCCUCUGUACAAAUUAAAAAAGGGUCUCAUAAAGGUCAAUCUUAUGUAGAGAUUGGAUACAGAAUUUUCAUCUGCUAUUAAAACAACUGUAGCUGGUUUCCUUUUCAUACAAACUUCUGGUUCAGGGAUUUCCUUCAUUUGUGUCAUGAGGAUUUCUUGUCAAAAACUUCAUGUGCUGGAGAAAAGUGUAUUUAAAGAUGAUGAGUUGAUGGUGGAGAAUUCCAGGACAGUCUCAUUCAAGCAAUAACAAUGGAAGACCAGAUCUUGUAAUAUGUAAUUAUUUCAAAAGAAUAUUUUGCCUUUUCUAUAAUCAUAGUUGGGAUAUAAAUGCAAAUUCAAAGCAGCAUGUUCUGUCUAAAAGAUGUAUGGAAAGAAACGAACAUUCUUCAGUCAGUGGUUUUCUGGAAAAAACCCCACUUCCUUUUCACAUUUUUAAUGUACUUGAAAAAUGAAACAUAAAUGUCCUGAUCUUUCCAUUUCCAUAUUUAAAGAUGUGUCUUGAUGUGGGACCAAUGUGUUUUCUUUCUCUUAUUCAAACAGUUGCAAUGUCUUCAGUUUGAGGAUUUGUGAAUAUUGGAAUGUACUGAAAAUCGUGGUAUAUCUCGACCAAUCCUACACUACACAGUUUCCAACAAGCAAGUCCAGCUUUUCAUUUAGACAUACUUAAUUUACUUUUUUCACCUGUAUGUAACUUGCAACAACUCCUCGUUUCAGAUUUUUCUACAUAUAUGUGUAACUAAUGAAAGAAAAUUCAAUCUCUUUACCCAUUCUUGGUUUGAUUAUUAUCCUACAUGUGUCUGUAGAUCUUGAAACUAAUUCUAAGGAAGUAAGUGCCUUUCCACAUUGAUUUUGUGACGUUAACUCUGGAAGGUGUCGUUGAUGUUCAUUAAUGUGAACUUGAAGAAAGAUCUGGCUGCCUGUGGAGAAAUGAAUCUGAUUGUAUCGAGAUCAGACACUGCAGAGUGUCUGCUAACUCUCCUCUCUCUAAGUCUGUGCCUGAAUGUUAGAAUAUACAGAGUUUUUAUUUUGACAGAAAAGGGGUAAGUCACUGUUUUCUUAAAUGUGAUGCAAUGGGGUUUCCAAAGAAAUAGAUUUGUCUUAACUAGUCAAAGAAAAAAACAUAAGCUAGGAGCUUUUUAGACAGUGGUUUACAAAAUGAUCAGUACACAUUAAAGAAGGCCUGCCCACUAAAACCCAGAGAUUUUUGCCUGUGUAUAUCCCCAGGGAGACUACUACUAACGUGAAGAAUUUCAGCAUCGAAGAGGAUUUUAUGCAGUAUGAAUUUAUUAUGCAUUUCAUGGUUCCUGUGGAAUUUUCAAUGUCUGCUCAAUCUACAUGUGCAAUUUUAAUAAAGUAUCUGCUUAUACUAUG